AUGUUCUCCCAAGCAGCUCGCCACCUGCUGUUACGCUGCGCCUCUGCGGUCAAGGUCAAUGUCAAGGUACCUGCUAGAGCUCAUUCCACAUUUAACCAUCGGGCUUUCGUCCGCCGCGGUAUGUACACUUACCCCUUCCCCGAGCCCGCUGGGGAGGAGAGGGUGAAGGCGUACUUCUUGGAUACUAGGGCUGGCAUCGGCGAGCUCAUCUACCAGGUCGAGAUUCUCAAGGCCGUAAGUCCCCCUCUACCCUCGGCAUGGACCAGUAUACUAGCGAUAGAGCAGAGACAGAAGAGACAAGAGAUUCUGCUGUGGAUAUGUGUUGUGUCAAGCUCCGUCAUUGCCGCCGUGUUUGUGUAUAUUGCUUUAGAUAAUGAGCUGGAUCCGCCGGCAAAGGAGUUGAAGCAGAAGCAGAAGGAGAAGUAG